AUGGCAGCAACUAUUGACAUCCUGCACAUGGGUGACGUUCUCUCGGAAGGUUACUCGCUCAUGGACGUGGCCUACAUCUACGCCUGGAAGAGGGAGUCUCCCCUACGCCUCGCAUUCCGGGUGUACUCUCAACCUACAAAGCGGCCGGCCCUGGCAGACACGGUCGAAGGUCGGGUGGACGUCGACGGAGCACACAGCGGCGGGAACUCGGUCGGGCAGCCGCAGCAGUGCCCCCCGAAACAGGCGACGGUGCCCUGUCGACCGGUGCCCGAGUCUUCGGCGGUAGCCAGCGUGGCGGAAGGUAUCGCCCAGAACGGGGGGAGUCCGGAGACGGACGCGGAACCUCCCGCACUGGUGCCGAGGGACGUCUUAUCAGCGGAGGAGGCUGCCAACGCUGCCGUUCCGACCGCCGUUCCCGCUGCGGAGACGCGCCAACCGGACUCACUGGACGGCAGAACGGCGACCGAGAGGUCGGCUGCCCCCGGGAGUGCCCAGGCGGCGGAUGUGGUCCGGUCGUCUUCCCCGUUGCAGCAACAGCGGCGGAAAGCGGCCGAGUCCCCCGCCGUGAGUCCCCCCGCCCUGUCCAAGAUCACCAUCAGCACCCUGGACAGGAGCAGCAACAAGAUCACCAUCCAGACGAAGGAGGUGCCCCCGGCGGUGGUGCAGGCCAUGUCCCCGCCCCGCUCCCCGCUGUCCAGGAAGUCCAGGCGCAAGGAGCAGCGGGACGCCGAGCGGCCACUGCAGCACGCCAGGCACCAGGGACGACCCCAGGACAGCCAGGGCGAUCAGAGGCCCCGGCGUCCCCAGAGCCGCUCCUUGGAGCUACCAGACGGGCCGACGCCGGCCAAGAACGCGAGGCUAAACGGCGCCGACGUCGCCGAGGACGAACCUGCGGAUGGCCGCCGCGCGUCCCGCCCCGCUUCGCCCGGCAGGCUGAUCCCCGAGAGUGCGUCGCUCCCGGAGCCGGCCAAAAAGAGCCAGAGUCCCGCCAGGAAGUGCUCGAGGCCCGGCAGCCCCGGGCUGCCCGCAUCUCCGCCCCGGGCACAUCCGCAGACCUCGAGGACUCCCCCCGCCGUCCCGCUUGCCCCGAGCGCCAAGAAGGGCGACGAAGACACCCGGCCCCUUGACCUCUCGGUGUCCCACAGGGGCCUGCCGGCGCCGGCGCCCGUGCGCAGGCCUGUCGGGCGGCCGCCACUCGCACUCCCUCCGAUGUGCACAUCGGGGACCGCCAAGGGACCCGCCUCACCCUCCCCACACCGUAGGGCGGCGGCGUCGUCCCCCGCGGUGUCGCUGUACCAGAAGCCGGCCGUGGCGGUCAGCCAAGCCGCCACGUCCUCGCCCCUGUCGCAGCAGCACCACCACCACCACAACCACCACCGGAGCAGCAGCAGGGGCUUCCUCAAGGGCGCCAACCUGACGUGCAUCAACCCGGACCCGGACGCCUUUCACCCGCGCAUCGUCAUCAAGAACCUGCCUCCGCGCACUUCCGGUGCCAGCUUCCACAGGAUGUGAGGCCGCGUCUCCGUGCCGCCCUCUCCCUCGAAGAGCGUCCUCGCCUCUAGUCCUCUGCCAGGUGUUUCUCCUACUUCUACUGCGCGCGAAGGCGCAGCUGUCGUGAUCCGCGCGAGACGGCACCGUGUGUGCGUGCGAGUGAAAUGUGAGUGGAUGGAAGCCGUCGUGGCGUCGUCAGCGGGAAGACAUCUGGUUAAACACCCUUUACCGCUCGGAUACGUCGACGUGCGUCGGGCGAACGGGCACUGU